AUGUCGGCCGAUCUCAUAAACAGCGUCAUCACACAGGGUCAGAAUCUUGCCACGCACAGCUGGGAGUAUGGCACCUUUGCGGAGGCUUUGUUAGAGUGGCAUAAUCCGACCUCUUCAGUAUUUGGUAGCAACGCAUUUCCGGAUGGCAAGGUACCAGUUUUGCAGGUCGCCAACACUCGUUCGCUUUCGUACGUGAAGCCUCAAAUCUCGACUAGUGGUGAUACACUUGUCGACGGAGAUGGUGCCGCUGGUGACCCGGCCUCUCUCGGUGUCUCCGCCAUUCUCAUUGGCCAAACCGACCCCGACUACCUUUCGGCGGCAGAACGUCAAGUCGAGCACCUACUCACCGCCGUCCCGAGAUAUUCGAAUGGCGCAAUUAGCCAUCGCGAAUCAGUAGCUGAGCUAUGGGCCGACUUCAUCUACAUGGCUCCACCAACACUAGCUUACUGGGCCAUCCAGUCGAACAACUCGACCCUCUUGAGUAUCGCCAUCCAGCAAUGCGUUCUAUACCGAGAGGUGCUAGGUGUUCUCGGGACUGCCAAAAACGCAGGCGGACUGUGGCACCACAUAAUCGGUCCAGAGAGCCAGGACUUGGGUAUCUGGAGUACUGGAAACGGAUGGGCCGCAGCCGGGAUGAGCCGAGUUUACGCGACGGCGAAGAAGUCGCGCUUCGCAAGUAACGAGGACAUAAAGUCGGGACUCUCGGACAUCAAGGGAAUAAUCCAAGGCAUACUGGAAGGCGCGAUGGUACUCGAUAACGUAGAGCCCAACGAGCCGCUCCUACGUAACUACCUCAACGAUACUACUUGGUUUGGCGAGCUCUCGGGCACGACACUCUUGACGGCUACCGCGUACCGCAUGGCGCAACUUGAACCAGCCGAUUUUGGAACGACCUACACGUCGUGGGCAGACAGCAAGAGGCAGACUAUCGUCGGAAAGAUAAAUAGUGACGGUCUGCUAUCUCCUGUGGUCAACCCCUUGGACUGGAACGACAAGACGCCUGCCACUCAAUCUCCGGAAGCCCAGAGCUUUGCGGUUUUGAUGUUUUCGGCAUACCGAGACUUUACCUCUGGUUCCUCGAAAAGACAAGUAGCUUCGCACCGUGAUUUACUCUUCUUUCUUGGCGGCUAA